AGCAGGAGCGGGGGUGGGGCGGAGGGUGGAGAGGAGAGAAAGCAGCGGCUGCCGUCCCCUGCCUGCAACUGCAACCCAACUCAACCAGCCAGUCGCCAUUACUCUUGUUUCUCAUCCGACCAGUGACCACCGACCGCGAGCGCGAAGCAGGAGGAGCGGAGGAGCGGCACCAUGCUGGGGCAUCUGGUCGGGCUGGUGAAGGUGCGGGUGACGCGCGGGGUGAACCUCGCCAUCCGCGACCUCCGCUCCAGCGACCCCUACGUCGUCGUCCGCAUGGGCAAGCAGAAGCUCAAGACGCGAGUGGUGAGGAAGAGCAUCAAUCCGGAGUGGAACGACGAGCUGACCCUCUCCGUCGAAGAUCCCACCAUUCCUGUCAAACUGGACGUGUUCGACAAGGACACAUUCUUCGACGACCCGAUGGGCAACGCGGAGCUGGACAUCGGCCCGCUGGUGGAGGCCGCGACGAUGAGGAUCCAGCUGCAGGGCGUCGCCGACGGCACCGUGGUGAAGAAGCUGGUGCCCAACCGGCAGAACUGCCUCGCCGAGGAGAGCGCCGUCUACCUGUCCGAGGGCACGGUGAAGCAGGACGUGGUGCUCAGGCUGAGGAACGUCGAGUGCGGGGAGGUCGAGCUCCAGCUCCAGUGGAUCGACAUCCCAGGCUCCAAGGGCGCAUCAGGCUUUUAAUUAACUCUCUGUGCACUCUCUGCUUUUUGCAGAGUUCUUUGUCAAGUGAAAAGCUGGGGUAAAUUAUGUUUAGAAUCGAAGCUUAAGCUAGGAUUUAGAUGUUGCGAUAGUAUGACCGCCGUCAGUGUGGUCGAACUUCCUAAGACGGACCGAAGAAACAAAGAGGUGAUGGCAGGGGCGUAAAGUGUCUCAGGCUUCCAAUCCAUCCUCCUUGCUUGCUUGAUGUGUUCUGCAUCUGCGAUCGCGAGAGGAAAGGCUACAAUGUGCUGAACAGUCUUGGCUUUUCCGAACCUUGGUUGCCGAUGCUAGUCAGUCGGUGACGGGUGAUUAAUUGCAGUUGCAGAUCGAAGAGUAGGUCUGGUUUCUGAAGGAGAAUUUUCUUUUGUUUCAGGGAAAUUUCUGCGGUGAUCUUGAUUUGCAACGCGUAACGAUAUGCAACUUCUGUGUAUAGACGCGUAAUGCUCAGAGACUUGAACACCGUCU